CGGCAGUAUUUCGGCAGAUAAAGGAUGUGCAUCACCCCAGCAGCAGCCCUCUCUUCAUCCCCCAUAAGCACAAGCUAAAUCCUCGCUGAACGUUCAGCCAGCACUUGAGGUCGAUAAGAAACAUGUCCUCGUUCUGCCUGAAUGUCACCGUGAGCCUCCCUAAUGUGCGCACUUCGACCGUCACGCAGACGAUAACUGCAACUGCAACGUCAACAUCCACCGAUACCGAUACCCCUCCUACGACGGAGAAGACAUCCGAUUCUGUGAAGAAGGUCACGCCUACGGUUAACAAGUCCAUUGCAGUCAAAGCCCCCGCCAAAACUCCGGCCGCGAAGGAAAUGGCGAUAUCGAAGCCCACUGCAGUCAAAGCCGCUGCCAAAAUCCCGGCCGCGAAGGAAAUGGCGAUGUCGAGGCUUUGAAGGACUAUUCCGCAUGGGAUAUCCUACGCGCGGCCUGUGAGCAGUGCAGACGCUGAAUCGGAGUGCUAGAGUAAUGGGGUUGAUGUCCAAAAUAUCGAAAAGGGAAGGAGUUUUCGGACGUAUAGGCGCAUAUGCCGCAUUGUAAAGGGGUACACUUUGUUGAACAAAGUAGCAGGGUACGAAUGGUCGCUUUUCGUAAUUUACUUCUCUAGUUUAGAACCCGACGACGCGCUG